CCCAACUCCUAUCAUCAUCAUCAUCAACAUCAUCACAGAAUUGGCAAUUCUUCCUGCUCACCUCGUGCUCACUUCCUGCCCUGCCUUACUACUCCUCUUCUUAUCUCUCAUUCUCAUGUCAGCUCCGACUGCAUCGUCUCGUGCAACCCCGCGGUCGCGCAAGGGAUGCCCCGAAUGCCGGAAAAGGAGAAUUAAGUGCGACGAACAGAAACCGCAAUGCGGUCACUGCGUCCGAGUCGGCCGAGUCUGCCACCUGGUCGAUAGUCUGUUCAUCACUCACCCCUACUCCUCCUCUUCGACCCACCGCCGUCCUCCCAAGCGACCACGGAGGCGAGGGACGGAUGGGGUUUCAGGCCGUGCUAGCGUCGAAGGUCCGCCUGUGGUUACUGGUAUCGAGACCGACCCACACUCCAGAUCUGGGGCACUGGCUGAAAGUGACCCCCGCGACCCUUCGCCCAUAUCGAGUGCCCCCGUGACUGGCGGUCCUUCUGCCACCCAAUUAGAACCCUCCCACCUUCUGUUUGAAGAGAGACCCAGUCCGCAGAACUGUGCAGGGGAUGCCUAUUCCACUGCAACCCAACCAACGAAUGCCCUGGGCACACCUGGCUCUCUUGCGUCGGAUCUCCCCGGUGACACGCACCGUGACCAACAAGAGAUCGCCUUUCUCCUACGCUACUUCUCCGAAGGCCCGGCAAAAUUUCUGGAUGUAUGCUGUGACCUGCGCCCGUACUUCAGCCGAUAUGUCGUGGCAAUAUCUCGACAGAGCGCCCUGGUGCGCUAUUCCGCAUGUGCUCUCGCCGCGAAACAGCUCGGUCACAUGAAGGAUCCUGAAGCGCGAAUCCAGCGGACCAGAUGUCAAACCCGUAUGUUGAAGGUUUUCGCAGAGUCAAAUCUGGAUUUCCUCUGGUACGGGGCCAAGUACUACGAAAGAGCAAUUCAGCUCCUAGCCCGGCAAUUAUCCCACGGCCAUGCCGCCACGUAUCGGCUAUCGCCUUCGUCCCUCUACCAAACGCAUAAUUCGAACCAUUCGAAUGCCAAUAAUCAUGGCAUUGAUGUAGGGCCGCUUCAGAUUUUGGCCUCUUGUAUUCUCUCGCAGUAUGAAGACCUAAGCGCCAGUAUGCGAGCCUGGUCGGGUCAUUUGAACGGGGUUUGCAAACUCCUUCACCCACAUCUCGUGGACCCGAUCGUCUUCCUGUCCGAGCUGUCAGUCCCGGAGCCUGCUCUAGCACUCGACACCAUCUUCUGGUUUUUCGCGCUCAAUGAUGUCCUCGAUGCUUUUGUGGGCGACAAGCCCCCUCGACUCGACUUCGGAGACCAUGGACUCUGGCGCAGAAUGGGGUUGCCACUGGACGAUGCGGGACAGUUAUCUUUUCACCAAGGAGGAAAACAGGUUACUGAGUGCAUAUUUCUCAAAAGUCUCAUCUGGCUGCUAUCCCAAGUGAUUACCAUAGACAUGACAAACUCUACCCAGUGGGUUCGAGUGAGCGAGCAGCUGGAUCAGUGGCACUCGUCGCUUCCCGUGACAUUCUCGUCGCCCGUGGCAUGGCAGUCCACUCCGGAAGCCAACGAAAGUGAGCAGGAGUAUUCGGCGGAAUCCUGGUAUGCCAGUGACACGUGCGCGAUAGCCAUGGCGUUUUACCACAUGGCCCGGAUUGUGCUGCUGAUCCAUCAGCCACAGGAUGUUUUUCUCCAACAGUCACGGAACCACACGGAUCUUCUGCGGUCCUACACCGGACUGCAGCAAGGCCUACGUCGCCACGCCAUGGAGAUCGUUCCUAUUUCUCGUGGGAUGCCGAGCGAUGUUGUGCAAAAGUAUCUAAUCCAGCCGCUCUACAUGGCGGGACGAUGCCUGGGAGAGCCUAAGGAGCGACAGGAAGUGCUGGCUAUCCUUCUUAGCAUUGAUGACAAUCUUGGAGUGUUUACCUGCUAUCGUGUCCAGGCAUUGUCUGAAGAAUGGCGGAUCCCUUAUACACCACCAAUCCGAAAUACUGACGAGAGGUAACUUGACCGUAGGGCACAACUAUUCACCCUGCCACAAAGAGACAAGA